AUGAGGCUUGUCAUAUCCGCUGUAUGUGUUCUUGUUCUAUUCUCUUAUGCAGCUGCGUAUGAUCCUUUGGAUCCAAAUGGAAACGUAACGAUCAAAUGGGAUGUUGUGUCUUGGACACCAGAUGGCUAUGUAGCAGUGGUAACAAUGAGCAAUUUCCAAAUGUUUCGGCACAUCAUGAAUCCGGGAUGGACCUUGUCGUGGACAUGGGCAAAGAAGGAAGUAAUAUGGUCCAUGGUAGGGGCUCAAACCACAGAGCAAGGAGACUGCUCUAAGUUCAAAGGCAAUGUACCUCACUGCUGCAAGAAAACUCCCACAGUUGUAGACUUGCUCCCUGGUGUACCUUACAACCAACAAUUCUCAAACUGCUGUAAGGGUGGAGUGGUGGCAGCAUGGGGCCAAGACCCUUCAGCAGCAGUUUCAUCCUUCCAAGUUAGUGUUGGGCUAGCUGGUACUUCAAACAAGACAGUUAAACUUCCCAAGAACUUCACCCUCUUGGGUCCAGGACCAGGCUACACUUGUGGUCCUGCCAAGGUUGUUCCUUCCACUGUUUUCCUUACACCUGACAAGCGCCGCAAGACUCAAGCACUAAUGACAUGGAAUGUUACUUGCACAUACUCACAAUUUCUGGCAAGAAAGAACCCAGGUUGCUGUGUAUCUUUGUCAUCCUUUUACAAUGAGACCAUUACCCCUUGUCCCUCUUGUGCCUGUGGCUGCCAGAACAAGAGGAACUGUGUCAAGAGUGAUUCUAAACGUAUCAACAUGCUGGGGAUCCACACUCCAAAGAAAGACAAUGAACCAUUGCUACAGUGCACACAUCAUAUGUGCCCAAUUAGGGUACACUGGCACGUGAAGCUCAACUAUAAGGACUACUGGCGAGUCAAGGUUGCCGUAACAAAUUUCAACUAUAGAAUGAAUUACUCCCUCUGGACUCUUGCUGUUCAGCAUCCAAAUCUUAACAACGUCACACAAGUUUUCAGCUUUGAUUACAAGCCUUUACUUCCCUACGAGUCCAUAAAUGACACCGGCAUGUUCUAUGGUAUGAAAUACUUCAACGAUCUCUUGAUGGAAGCUGGGCCAACUGGGAAUGUUCAAUCAGAAAUUCUUCUUCAGAAAGAUAAGGAUACAUUCACACUCAAGCAGGGGUGGGCAUUUCCUCGCAAGGUCUACUUUAACGGUGAAGAAUGCAUGCUGCCACCGCCAGACACCUACCCGAUCCUCCCUAACUCUGCCCCUGUGAACCUAUUGAACUUCCCAGCAUUCAUUUUCACAAUGCUUGUCAUGCUAGCUGUUUGGUGA